CCGCGCGGCCGCGAGCGCGGUGACGGUGCCUCCCACCUUUCGGUUGGCCAGCUGCACUCCCGUCUCCUACUACCGGAGUGGGGGAGGACCGAGCGGAGACUGAAGAAUCGAUUGGCGCCUUCACCCAGCUUCCCCUAAACCCCUUCCUGAAGGCUAGGUUGGAAACGCUCCUGGAUCCCAACUUGUUGAGGGCCAAGACACAAAAUGUCAUCCCAGUUUUUGUCACUAUCACCAGUGACUCCUGCAGAGAAAGAAAAAGAUGAGAUGAUCAAAAAGGACAGGCCAUAUAAAAUCUUUUUUAAAGAUCUCUUUCUCUUCAAAGAAAAUGAAAUGGCAGCAAAGAAAAGGGAAAAGUUCAUGAACCGCAGCAUGAAAGUCUACCAAAAGUCUACUUUUUCAUCACGAAUGAAGAAUCGUUCACACCUGGGCCAAAUAGCAAUCUUCGCCGACACAGGUGAUGCCUCAGUUGAGCGACUGGGGCUAGAUCCCACUCUUAUUCUCAGAUUAACAGAAGGUGCAGACACAAAAAGGACCACCCAUGAAUUUAUUAAUGACCAGAGAGACAGGUUUAUGCUCGAGUAUACUCUGUCAACCAAAAGAAACACCAUUCUAAGGUUUGAAAAACACACAGCGAUGAAGGAAAGGCAACUCAUGAAAGCAGAAAAAAAACUUGAAGAAGACGCGGCGGCCUUUGAAGAGUUCCUUCGAGAAAACGACCAGAGAUCUGUAGAUGCUCUCAAAAUUGCGGCGCAGGAAACUAUAAACAAGCUGCAAAUGACGGCGGAACUCAAGAAGGCGAGUUUGGAGAUCCAGUCGGUGAAAAGUGAAAUAGCAAAAACAGAAUUCCUCCUUAGAGAGUACAUGAAGUAUGGGUUUUUUCUGCUGAAACUGUCUCCAAAACAAUGGCAAAUCCAGCAAGCAAUGAAAAGGGUGUCACGGAGUAAAGAAAAUGUGAAUGUCAUGCUUCCAAGUAUGACAAAAUUAAGUGCAAGGAGAAGAGAGGGUACCACUGACGAGUCCAGGAGGACAUCAUUCUCGGAAGAGUCUUCUCUGGGAAGAGGUAGCCAAGCAAAAUCACGCAGGAGGAUCACUCCCAACCUAGAGGAAAAGAAAUCAUCCUUAUCAAACCAAACUGAGAGUAUCAGUUCAGAAGACAGUUUGGAAUUCUUUUUAGAUGAUGAUAUGGACUACGAUCUGGAGCCAGAACUUUAUUUCAAAGAGCCUGAAGAGUUACUUCAAGUCCUCACAGAGCUGGAAGAGCAGAAUCUUACUUUGGUACAAUAUUCCCAAGAUGUAGAUGAAAAUCUUGAAGAUGUAAAUAAAAGAGAAAAAGUUAUACAGGAUAAAAUAAAUACCAACAUAGAGUUUCUUUUGGAACACAAGGAAUUGCUCAAGGCCAACUGUGUAAGAGAAGAAGAAAAAGCAGCAGAGCUGGAAUUAAGGUCCAGGCUAUUUAGUUUUGGAGAAUAUAACUCAGAUGCUCAGAAGCAGGAAUGGGGGCAGGAUUCUACCAGGAGAACGAUUUACUUUGCCCAGAAGUUUAUUGAGAUCCUUUUAUCUGCGAAUGCCGGGUAUACAGUGGAGACACAGAAAGAGAGAUUUCUUACGAUCCCAAAACAUGUUACCUACAAGCUCGAACAUCUCUACCAACAGUUAAUACGGCGCAGUGGCCAGGAAAAACUGAUAGACUCUCUUAGUAAAAAAAUUAACCAAGUAUACAGAGUCUGCAUUGGAGAUGCUGAGGUUGGAAGCCUCAACCCAGUUCAAAAGCUGGUAAAAGUAGAGUCUCGCCUGGUAGAAUUGAGUGAUCUCAUUGACUCCAUUCCUAAAGAAAAUGUGGAGGCCAUUGAGAGGAUGAAACAGAAAGAACGAAGGCAAAGGUUGCGUGAAGAGAAAAUGAGAGAGAAACAAAAACACCAGGAGGAAAGGCUAAAAGCUGCCCUGGAAAGAGCAGUAGCACAACCAAAGAAAAAGAAGCAGGGAAGACAACUUAUCUACCGUUCAAAACCUCCAUCUGGUAACAAACAUGAACUACUUUUAGUCAAGGAUACAAGAACGAAAUCCCUGGAGGAAGAGUAUUUUUUCACUUGAACAGAAGCAGUUAAGACAUUUAUUACCAGAAUGCCUUAGGCAUAUUCUGUAGAUUUUGCUUUUCAGUCAUGGCAAUAUUCUGCCACACAUACAGGCCUAACCAAUUUCAGAAAUCAGGCCCUUAUUCUAAAAGACCCUAAUGAUUGGAAAUGAGUUACAUUAUUUUGUUCAAGACUUUUAUUAUCCAUAUCCUAACCAUUAUUUUAUAUAGCUAAACAUUUAUACCUUCUGUUGUCCCAGUUGGGGAUACACAUCACAGCUACUUCGUUAAUGUGACUAUAUGGCAGGUGACCAUUUAAGAGCAAUAAUGGCAUUCUGACAACAUGAGACUUCAAAUAAUUUUUUUUCAACUGAUCCACAGCAAAAUUCAUAAUAUACAUUUUAUCACCAUCAAGUAUACAUUUUAACAAUGUACAACUCUAAAAAUACUGAUUUUGAGGAGUUUAAAACUUAAAUGAAAACCACUACAUUAUGUGGUCUGAACAUAACCAACCUUGAGAUUGCUUUCUAAUUCACAUUAAGGUGUUCUGUUCAGAAAACUUAAUUCUUCACUUAAGAAAGUGAACAAACCACAGGCCUUUAGCUUGCAUUUGAUGUCACAAUUUCUGUUGUAUUCUAUACUCAAAACUAUUUUAAUUUUCAGGUGGUGUUUCAAUUUUAGCUGUAAUGUAUACAUCAUUUAGCUUACAAUGAUAUAGUGUUAAGUAUAAUUUAUUGACUACUGAGUAAAAUAACACAAUCUAUAUGAAUUCUAAGAAAAUAUUUAUAUAUGUCAAAAGUGGCUCAAAAAUAACUUUAAAAGAAACAGUUACUUUUAAAAGGUCUCAGUUAAUAUACAAAUCCAAGGGCUGACAUCCACUUUCACAAACAUUUAUAAAGAAUAUAAAUAAAUUUCUCUCAUAGAAAAAAAAAUACAGCAUUGGGUUUACAUGAAAACAAACUUGAAUAAAGUCUGGUGGCUUUUAAAGCAUUAGUUCUGUGAAUAAUCUUUGAACUGUUUCAUCUGAAUAUGCAAGUAAGUAUCUGAACAUGAAUAGCCGCUCACAGUCAAAUUGAAAACCAAACAGAUUUUUAUUGUCUACAAAUAUAUAUAAAAAAAUUCCCCCCCCAAAGAUGCUAUUCUCUCAUUUCCCCAUCUUCUUCUUCUUCUUCAACACCCCUGAUAUAAAGGACAUUAUUACACCUGUAAACAGAAAGACACCAUUUUGUUGUUUCAACAAGAAACCAUGUAAGAUCUGAAUUAUUACUAGAUUUUUUUCAUUAUAAAAAUAUUAACGCUAAGAUUACAACACAUCAUUUCUCUUUUAAAAAAAUGAUCUUUGGUUGUUAUAGAGCACACAGUACUAUUUUUAUGCAAUGUUGUUGUUAAAAUGACUAGAAUUUAGAGGUGUAAAGCUAGUUCUAGAAAGUAAAAUACAAAUACCUAACAGCUGACAGACCCACCCAAAAUUCAAAAUCAAGUUCUUGCAACUAAAACCACUGAAAAAGGCACAGUUAAGAGCUACAAAGUUUAACAUCCACACUACAAAAACCUUAAGAAUGAACAGCUCCAAAGUAUUUAAAUCUGCUUUGCCAAGUUUAACAAUUUCAUGACUCUUGAAGUCUAGUUGUAGCAUUUUAUUCUAAAUUAAUAGUAGUUAGAAAAAAAAUAAGUCUGAGAUUGAGGCACUAAUAGUUUAUUUAAACAUGUAUUUCUAAUGCUCAUCACCAACUCCUUAUAUAUACUACUGACAUUGUUACCUUAUUAAAACUUCACCCAGAUGUCCAGACAAUGCUCCAUCUAUGUAUUCUUCUGUGUUUGCAAGCUUUAAAUAAGAAGAAAAUGUAUUAUCAUACCGGAGGAAAACAGUAUUAUAUACCUAACACUGGUGAGAGAACUUAUUAACUGAGACCUUUCUGUACCAAUGACGUAUAUUUAUCUACAACAAUUAGGUUAGCUUUCCAAUACUACUGUAGUCCUUUUUGGUUUCAUGUAGAACAUUAAGUAAAGUUAACAUUGAUGGAUGUAGAACUAAUAUAUAAUAAAGCUUGUUUCAACACAA